AUGAAGGCAAUACCGCCAACGAAGCGUAAAAGCUCUAUCCAAAAACGUCACCAACACCCUGAUAAAUCCCUCGAGCGAGAGAAUUCGAAUCAUUUGCAUGUUAAGCAUCAAAAAAUUGGGUUCAUCGUGUGGGCGAAGAUUCCGGGACAAAUUUGGUGGCCGGCGAUGAUCGUUGAUUUUCGAGACUGUGCAAUGAGUGAGCCAAAAGUGGAAUUCCAGUGGGUUAUGUGGUAUGGAGAUUACACGUUAUCUCAAGUUAAUUAUAAAAAUUUCAUGAAGUUCGAUUUGGGUAUAAAAAAGUUUGAAGAUCACAUAAAGCACUCGAAGAGAGAGGUCUACAAGCGAGGAAUUUUGGAAGCUUCUAAGGACUAUUGUAGCUUGUUCGGCUGUCAAACGGAUGAUUGGAAUUUGAACAAUGUUUUCAAUUGGUUCAAACAAAGUCGAGACGAUGAUGAAUCCAUUGAUGAAAGACAUCUAUUGCGGAAUAAUUUUAAUAAUGACAAUAUUAAGUACUCUUCGACCAUUCGGAUGGAAUUGCUGAAACACGUUAGUAAGAGUAGCGAAGCAGCUGUUCGAGAGCAUAAACUCCAGAAUGCUGAGAUAUUACAUGCAAUUAGUUCUAACUCGAUAGACAUUCAAAAAUCGAUUUGUCUCAUGUGUCUGGAGAUGAAUGAAGGAAAGAUGCAUGAACAUCCAUUUUUCAACGUUUCAUUAUGUGAAAAUUGUAUGUUUUUCUGCGCUCUCUGCACUAUUACGGAUACAGUAGUCAUAUGCGAUAAUUGCGAAUGCUCCAGAGUGUACUGCACUGCCUGCUUGAAAUACUUAAUCGCCCCUGAUUCUUAUCAUGAAAUUCUUAAGAAGCAAGUAUGGAGUUGUAUUCUCUGUAGUGAAUCACCCGAUUUAACGAGCAAUUCACUGAUAAAACCGAGGGAUGACUGGAAAAGGAAAAUUCAGAGUAUGUUUUCCACUAAUCGUCAUUCUAUUUCUCAUUACAUGCAAUACUACGAAAAAGAGAAGAAGAAGAUUCGAGUUUUAUCUCUUUUCGAUGGCAUCAGUACUGGUUUAUUGGGGCUCCAGCAUCUUGGAUUCGAGGUCGAGGCAUAUUUCGCCAGUGAAGUAGAUCCAGAUGCCGAAAUAGUGAGUAAAGUUCACUUCGGUACGGCAGUAACCCGUUUGGGAGACGUCAGGGGUAUUACGAAAGAGAUCUUGAGUGAUAUAUUGCCGAUUGAUUUGCUAAUCGGAGGGUCACCCUGCAAUGAUUUGAGUCUGGUCAAUCCAAAACGUCGUGGACUUCAUGAUCCCAAUGGCACAGGAAUUCUCUUCUUCGAAUAUUGUCGCAUCAAAAAUGUAAUUGAGAAGGAAAAUAAGAAUACGAAUCUAUUCUGGUUGUAUGAAAAUGUUGCAUCAAUGCCUGAUGAGUAUAAGAAGGAGAUAAACAAAAACCUCGGAUGUGAACCUGACCUCAUAGACUCCGCAGAAUUUUCUCCUCAGCACAGACCGCGGUAUUACUGGACUAACGUUCCCAUGGCUUAUUAUACACCUUUUGUCAAAGAUCUUCAAGAUGUACUGACACCAAACUGCAAUCGACACGCUUUAGUCAAGAAGAUUCGUACUGUCACCACUCAAUUAAAGUCAUUGAAACAGGGUUCGAGAGCCCUAAAGCCAGUGAUAAUGGAUGAAGUAUACGAUUGCCUGUGGACAACGGAAUUGGAAGAAAUUUUUGGAUUUCCACGACAUUACACAGACGUGAAAAAUCUAAGCGCAACCAAGCGACAAAAAUUGAUAGGUCAAGCUUGGUGUGUUAGAACUAUUAGCGAAAUCUUGAGGCCUUUGAAACACUAUUUUGUAUUCGAUGAAGAUGGUAAUUGA